GAGGCAGCGCAGCAGCUGUGCAGUUCAGGCGCGGCGGCUGGAGGAGCAGCGUGAGCCUCAGUCUGUGGGGAGGGGGUGAGUCCUGGGUGGGCGGCCCGCAUGCGCAGCUGGGCCCCUCAGGCCAAGGGGGAUAGGAUAAAAAGCCAUAUUAUUCAGAACGCCCAACUCUCUUCCUAGCUAGUCAUCGAGACUGGUAUGGGUAAUGGACAAGCGGCGAAAGGUCAAGCAGGUUUAAAACGGAAAGAUGCCGAGCCCGGCCUCCACGGACAUGCUUUGCCGGAGGGUGCCCAAGAAGGAAGGAAUGUCCUCAAUUCCCUGAUGUCUGGGGCGUUAGCCGGCGCGGUGGCCAAAACAGCAGUGGCUCCGCUGGACAGGACGAAAAUAAUCUUCCAAGUGUCUUCGAAUCAGUUUUCCGCCAAGGAGGCUUAUCGACUGAUCUACCGCACCUACCUCAAUGAGGGCUUCUUCAGCCUGUGGCGUGGCAACUCCGCCACCAUGGUCCGGGUGAUCCCGUAUGCCGCCAUCCAGUUCUGUGCGCACGAGGAAUACAAGCAGCGUCUGGGCAGUUAUUACGGCUUCCAGGGAAAGGCACUCAGCCCACUCCCCAGGUUUCUGGCGGGCUCGCUUGCAGGCGCAACAGCGGCCAUGUUGACGUACCCCCUGGAUCUGGUCCGCGCACGGAUGGCAGUGACGCCAAAGGAAAUGUACAGCAACAUCAUCCACGUCUUCAUCCGGAUCUCCCGCGAAGAAGGUCUGAAGACGCUGUACCGGGGCUUCGCACCCACCAUCCUGGGGGUGAUCCCGUAUGCCGGGCUGAGCUUCUUCACGUACGAGACGCUGAAGAAGCUCCACGCAGAUCACAGCGGGAGGCCUCAGCCCUAUCCCAUAGAACGGCUCGUAUUUGGGGCCUGUGCGGGCCUGUUUGGACAGUCGGCCUCCUACCCCCUGGACGUCGUUCGCCGGCGGAUGCAGACGGCGGGGGUGAUGGGCCACUCGUACCACUCGAUCCUCCGCACCAUGAGGGAGAUCAUCCGGGAGGAGGGACUUGUCCGCGGCCUCUACAAGGGGCUGAGCAUGAACUGGGUCAAGGGCCCCAUUGCGGUGGGCAUCAGCUUCACCACCUUCGACCUCACCCAGAUCCUGCUCCGCAGGUGGGAGAGCGGCGUGAAUGUGGAGAGGUAGGGGCCGCACUUCCCCGCCACCUCUUGUGGAGGGGAGCACCGUAACCAUAUGAGUGUUGGCAAAUGUGGACGGGAGGCGUCCUUGUUGUUCUGCCCCCGGGGUGGGGGGAAAGCCCCCGAGUGGGUCCUUGUGCUAGAAGACUCCUCAGACACACCCCCUUCUCUGGGGCGGUGAGAGAGGGGUGCUAAAACACCCUCGCUGCAGCCAUCUCGCAGAACAGCUCCGAUACUUUUUCCUUCGUGGAGGAGCUCCUUCUUCCUUCUUCCCCCUCGCUGAUUCUCAAGAAAUCCCUCAGAAGGCAGUAGCUCUGCUUGCUCUCCAUCUCUUGGCGAUCAUUCUCACCUUGCCAGACGCAGUCGCUUGUCUCGAUCCAGCCUCCUCUGUGUCUUGGAACUGGACUUGUCUGGAAUUUGAGAUGCAUCAAUCGUACAAUUUCUCCUUUUGAGGUUUGUUUUGUUUGUUUAAGCCAGCUGUUUUGGUUUCCAAAGUCUGGGCUCUACUGGAUGAAAGCACUCCUUCGGCCCUCUUUAAAAAUCCUGCCCUCCAGCUUACGUUGCGCAUGGUGACCCUGAACCUUGAACCCUGAGCCUCCUAGAAGGGUGUUGCAGCUCAGAGAGGAGAAGCCAAAGACUGGAUCUUUCUGUCAGGUCAAGUGUGGGAGAGGCACCACCUGAUGACCUCCAAUUCCUGUUGCCACAAGUCCAGAAAGUGGAAAUCCAGAAAUUGGGUUUAGAUCAACAGUGUUAAUGACUUUUUCAGAGCACCUGAAUAAAUGAGUAUUUUGAAUUCGGGGUUUGGGCUUUUGCAUGCAGGAUGGUGCUGAGGGGUUGGGUUUAGUGGCGUUAAGUGGGUGCUGCUUGAAACGCGAGUCCUGUCCCUCCCCCCCCCACCUCCAGUAUUACUGUCUGCUUUCUAUAAACUCCUGAGAAGAAGAAAAUCUCAAGCGGUGGGAUGUAGUCUGGUAGAUCUCUAAGUGCCUGGAUGAACGGGGUUCAAUUUGAGAUAAGUUGAGGGGAGGGAAUUGGGAAUCCCCUCCCCUGUGAUACGAGGCUACUGAGCUCCGAUGUGUCGUUUUCUGCGAUACGAAGCUCCUGAGUUCAGAUGUAUCGUUCCAUGCUUGCCUAGUGCUAUCAUGCAUUUAAGGGUCGGUCUUAUUUCUUGGGCCACAGCUCUGUGUUGAGGGCGGGGGGAACCCACAGCUGCUGUUGAAAAUGGCAACUCUGGGUCGUCUGCCCUCUCCCCCGUAUGACCCAUUCAAGAGCUGUAUGCUGAACCGACACUGCCCCAUUGCUUUUUGCCUUUCCUGUUGUGCUUUGCUGCUUCUGGAUGCUGACCUGGCGGCCCUCUGGACAGCCACCGAUCCGCCUAGUUGUGAAUCUCGCUUCCUUGGCUUCCUCUUCCUGAGCACAGGUACAAAGAAGUACCUGCUCAAGUAUUUUAUGGGUGUUUUUUUUUGGGGGGGGGGGGGUUCAAGAAACUUGAAUGGGAAUGCAGAGCCUGCCCUGGCCAGUUCCAAAUGUCCUGUGGAGCUGGACAACUCGCUCCUCCGUUGGGUGCCGCUCGGAGCUGGUAAUCUCACCGCUGCUUUAUCUUUUUAUAACUCUUAAGAAUUGUCUCUGCCAUAAGCUGUAGGUGUGGAUUGUGGGGAUGGAGUUUUCUUCUGCUCACCCCCCCCCCAAAAAACCGCCCCACCUUUUCUUUUGUCCUCAAAAACACAUCUGCAGUGAUGGGUUUUUGAGGACGCCCUCAAAGAUACCUCCCAAGUUGGCCCCCUCUUCUAAGGUACCGCCCAUUUGUGCGGGCUUCUUUACGCUGCGCAAAGAAGAUGCAAGUCCCAUUCAGACGUUAUGUGGUACCUGCAUUCAGAUGUCUGUGUACACAUCCCUGUGUGUGUGUGGUGUGAAUCGCCAGCAUUCCUUCAUAAAGUGAAACGCAGGAUACAGAAGGGAAGCGUACUGCUCUCUGCCCCAGGUCCCUGCACACCGACCUGUGUCCCUGUGUGCGCAGAUUAUCCGAGUGUUGAACCCCAUGCAACUAGGGCUAUGAACGAGCAGCAACUAUUGUUGUUCAUCUCCUGCUUUUCAGGGGAAAGCUCUCAAAGCCGUAUAAGGAAGAAAUGGCUCCCUGAACCCAAAGAGCAGGCAGUCUAAAAGGAAUGCUGGGAUUUCCCAGCCCUGCUCUGGAACAGGCAUCAGAUUGUGUUUAUGUGUGUGCGCGUGCAAAUGGUGAGCUGGGAAUGGGAGAGCGGUCCCCAUGUGAACGUGAGACAAUCAGAUUUCUUGGGAGAGGGCUUUCUUGGGUGGACAAUACUUCUCUUUUUUUAAAAAAAAUCAUGUUCUAAUAGGACUGGAGGCAAACAGGGGUGGUGUUUUGGCUGAGGAUAUUUCCUUUGUUUCCCUGCCAACACACUGGUUAGCAAAUCGCUCCUGACAUGCUCUGGGUGUCGUCAUCCCCCGUGCCCCUGCCGAAAUAGGCACCUGGGAGUUUUGGAGAGCAAUUGUUCUAGGUGGUUUCCUCCCACAGCCAGACCACCUAACAGACAGCCUGCCCUGGAUGUCUGCUCCUGAGCAGCGAUCAUCUCAGAGAGGUCUACUCUGCCCUGGGUCUUGGGAUGAAGCGUGUUGGUUAGACCUCAUUGGAGGCUUCCCACACAUCCUCGGGUGUGCCGUCCUGCUGCGUUUCUGGCUGCAGUUUUGCCUCUUGAGUAGCCCCACUUGGGCCAUGCAGUGUCCUGCCGAUCAUUCUGGCACGUUCUGGGGCGCAUGCUCAGUUCAUGUGGGACGGGCACUGGAGCGGCUUUCACGAGCAUGUGGCCGAAAGCUGCCCGGUGCUCUGAUGCAGCUGCUCAUGGUGGACGACCAGAGGCGGCAGGGGCCAGCCAUCCUUGGGGAAGCUUGUCCGCUGUUCCCGAGCACCCCUAAGCUGCUGGGGCAGUCUAGGAAGCACCACCCCCGGCCUGCCCAGUCAACUCCUCAGCUGCGUGCUGUGGGGCCAGAGAACUAUGCACAGGAUGGGUCGUGGGAUGCUGCCGCUGUGGUAGAAACAGUUGCCACCCAACCUGAAAGCCUAUCGCCACAGCUCCCUUUGGGCCGGAGGUUCUGGGUGUGGGGGUGUUUUCAUACAGCAAAGGACCGUCUGUUUUAUGCACGUGUGAUGUACUUUAAGAGCUGUGCCAAGAGAGGAUGUGUAUUUAAUAACGAGAAUUAAAGAGAUUUAUCCAGUU